CUUGAAACCAAAGAAAACAAAUCCAGGCACGAGUGGCCAGAUUUGGAUGAAUAGCUGUUUUUCAGUUGGGAAUAUAUUUGUUGCACUGAUCGAACACUUUAACUGCAGUGUUGAGAGAACGACGUACUGAUCCCAUCCCAUCAGCUGAUUGGUGUUAUUGUCUGAAUGUUGGGAAUAACAAUCUUGUUGUGUCGCUGCCUCAAACAGCCGUAACUUACACAAACAGUGAUGGUUAAAAAGAAAGCUGGUGUCGAUAGUGCCUGUAUAUUAGUUAUUGCUUUGAUGUUGAAGAAAUGAAAAAUACACCACCUCACGCAACUACUGACAGUAUGACCGAGUUAGCAGAUAUUCCUAACGAUUAUCACUACUAGAUAUUAACUGCACUGUAGACAGAUCAACACCCAGGGGACAAAUGCCAGCAUACCAAUGGACCGGGUCAGACAGAUGCUGAGCCCUGGGACACGACGGAAGUUCACAGCCAAUCACAACGUCUCUACUACCAAGACAUUCGGAGCAUCUCUUGAGGACCUGGUGAAGAGGACUCCAGACGGCUGCGGGGUCCCCCACAUCGUCCAGAAAAUCUGCUCCUUCAUCGAGAAACAUGGACUGGAACAAGAAGGAGUAUUUCGGAUUAAUGGAAAUGCUAAAACUCUGGAGAAACUUAAGUAUUCCUUCGAUCACCAUGGCGAUGCUGAGUUUGAUGAAGAGGAGGACAUCAUGGCAAUAGCAGGCCUUCUCAAGUUAUUCCUGAGAGAAAUGGCCGAUGCUGUUAUUCCACAAAAUAGAACUAAAGCUUUUCUCUCUGUUUAUGAAGUGUUUUCGGGUAACAGUGGGGACAAUGCCAACCUGGUGUUACACCUGUGGAACAUGGUUAACAAGCUGCCCCAGGUGAACUACGAUCUACUGAAGUUCCUCAUCAAGUUCCUGGUGGUGGUGGCGCACCAUGAACACAAGAACAAGAUGAGUCCCAUGGCUCUGUGCAUCGUGUUCGGACCAAACCUCUUCAAAUGCGGUGAUGGGAUGUCUGGGAUGCGAGACCAGGGAGUAACCAAUCAGAUUGUUUACAAGUUCAUCACCGAGUAUGAUGCGAUAUUCCAGUCCGAGGGCGAGGAAUCACCAGUCUCUGAAUGGAAAAUUAAGUACAAGAAGAUACCUCCAGUUCGACCGCCGCCUCCUAAAUUCCAAGAUAAAUCUAAUGACACUGUUCCAAUACCGUCGCCCAGAAAGAUUCGUCGAAGCUACAACAGCAACCACUACGAGGACGACGAUGACGACUGGGACAAGAGUGACUCAUCUGCAACUCCGCUGCCAGGCAGCUACAACUACCACAGUCCAUACAUCAGCGACGAUGUCGACCACCUCGGCCGGGCCUCUCCCAUCGUCCUCGAUGGCGACGGUCUUAGCAUUGUCGAGUCCCCAGUCCCCACACCGAAAACUCACGAAAUUGUUGAGAGAACAAUCAGUCUCACUAUUAAUGAGCACAUCUUUGGUGAGGAGGAAUCCACGGAAUCCAAUGGUAUCCAGUCCUUUGUACCGUCUUCGACACCAGAUCAAAUUGACAGGUCUGAAGAUGAGAGUCCGUUUGCUGUUAGAGACAUCAUACAGAGGUUUGAGCAACAGACCAUCGACCCCAGCUCUCAACCACCACCAGCCAAGCCCGAGACAUCUGUUUACAUGCUAACUGAAGACCAGGUUAAUGGUGAUGGAAAAUUCCAAGACGCUACUGAUUCAGAGUUUGGUGAAGUGGAAAGACGGUCUGAUGUUUUGUUUAUGUUCAAGAAGCCGUCUGGUCCGAAGCGUAGAUCACCAAGUCGUAAGUUUCGGAGAAGCAGUAGUGACAGUUCAGACCUGGACGCGGAGAUCACCAAACUACUGGCUGAGACUGAACCCCUGUUUGACGAGGCUCGCCCUAAACCGGUCAACCUUCCUCGAAAACCACGGAAAACGGUUCCCAAGAUGAACAGUGAGGCGGAGAGCGAUGAUCAGAGCCCGACCAAGUCAAGGAUUGCGUUUCUCGACAUCCAUGAGGAGAACCUGCAGGCCUCCAACUCGGCCGAGUCCUCCCCAACCAACAACAGAAAAACCUUCGUUCCUCUGCUCGAUCUCUCCACUCUCCACCAGACAGUCGAUGGAUCAGAUGCCAUUCUGGCGGUAAAGGCUCACACUGUGUCGUAUCACAUGGACGAGAAAGCCGUUCACAACGAUGAAGACGAGGAGAACGCGGUCAUCAUAUCACCCAGGUCCAAACAGCUCAAACGAAAGAAUAGCUGGCUAAGUGAUGACGACAUCUUCGAAGCACCGCAAUCUCCCGGUCUUAGAACAACUUUUUGUGACAGUGCGUCUGUGAACACGGAUAUCCCCCCUUCCCCACCUGUGGAUCAAGACGUGUACAGAAAACACAGCGCGGAUGAAGACAGUCAGAAACUAAGACAACUGACCAAAAAGAUUCAGACCUUAAAAAGAAAAAUCAAAUCAUUUGAGGAGCACUUUGAAAGACAUCAUGGAUAUAGGCCAUCUCAGAGUGACAAAGCGGCCAAGCCUGAGAUAAAGAAGUACAUGACUGAGUUGUCUAAGGCCAGGAAGGAUCUGAAACGUUUCUUUUCUAAUCUAGAGCUGAAAGAAGACGCUGAGAUGGGAAAUAGGAGUCGCCAUGGAAGCGGUGCUUCAUCGUCGGGGGAAACGCCGAAGACAUUAAAUGAGAUCCAACUGACUCUGGAAAACAUCUACACCAGUCUGAAGGAGAAGCGAUAUGACCAGAAACGCCCACAAGAGAUCAACAUGAUGAACCGAGAACAAAUCUACGAUGAGAAGCUCGCUGUACAGAAGGCUUUGUUACACUUCGAAAGUUUACAUGGAAGACCUACGUCCAAGGAAGAGAAAGAUCUGAUGAGGCCGCUGUAUGACCGAUACCGAUCCAUCAAACGCAUUCUGUCAAAACCAACGUCACCACGCAAUACACUUGACCUUGAAACUGUUCCGGAGGACAAACCGUUUGAAAUGGCGGCUGGAGUGACCACAGCUUUCAAACAUGGCCAUCCAGUGCGUGUGCCGACCGCCGACUCGGAGCCUGAUGAGCUGGACGCGCUUGUCGAGAUGUCGGAGUUCACGGUGACGCAGGACUUCUCGAUCCUGCGCGACACGGUGCGCCCCCUCACCUACGAGAAGAGCAUCGGCCACAGUCCCAAGAUGAAAUCCCCUGACGACGGCGACGAGAGUCCGACCGAUCACCAGACACUGGAGAACGUACAGGAGCUCACCAUAGAAGAACUGCAUGAUGAGCUGUCCAGAUCAAGGCUUGAAAAGAAACGGAUAAGAAAAGUUUUGCGAGUUUUUGAAACAGAUUUUUCAAUUCAGAAUGGAAGGAAGGUGCAAAAAGAAGACCGAUUGCCGAUGCAAACAGAAUAUUCUGACUAUAAGAAAAUAAAAGCAAAAAUCCGCUUGUUGGAAGCCCUCCUUUCGAAGCACCAGAUUUCAACUGACAGCCUGUAGUGUGUUCUGGAUGAAAUCUCAGUCUGCUGGUAUCUAGUCUUGAUUGGCCUCGUGACCAAGUUUCAGCUGUGAUCGACUACUUCUAGUCCGGACUGGUUGUGUUUAGAGCAAUUCUUCCACGUUUCGGCUGGCUGCAUUAAAGUUAAAGAUUUUUGUUUGUUUGGACUUGUAUGCAAGUAAGAAUUUUUAGUGGACCAGAAUGCAUCAGUGUUUCUGAUUGGACCAUGAUACAAUAGUGUAUUUGAUUGGACCAGGAUGUAUUGGAUUUUUGAAUAAUUAUUGUAUGAGAAUACAAUGGAAGACUUUAUCCACCAGAAUACAAUGGAAGACUUUAUCCACCAGAAUACAAUGGAGAUUUUAAUUGGAUAAGAGUGUAAUGGAGUUUUCGAAUGGACAAGAAUGCAGGGGAGAGUUAUUGAAUAAGAGAGUAAUAGAGUAUUUAUUACCAGAAUACACUGGAGUUUCUGAUUGGACCAGAAUGAGGUGGAAUUUUUUAACAGACCAAAAAUGCAAAACCAUUUGUGAUUGAACAAGACAGCUAGAGGAUUUUGUUACGAGAUCAGAAUGCAUCGUUUCUGAUUGGACCAGUUUGUAGUAGUGUGAUUGUGGUGCAUAUUUAUUUUUAAAAUGUCUGGUAAGUUUGUUUGAAGACUGGGAUGAAAUGUGUUUGUUCAAGGCAAAAACGUUUUCUGCUUUUGUUUGAGUGACUGUUUUUGCUUAAAACCAAAAGAUUGUUUCAUGGAAAUCACUUUGAAAAUGGUUACUUGGUCAAUGAUAAAUGAGAAGGGAUUAAUUGACAAUGUUUUUAUAUAUAUAUAAUUAUUGCAGGUGAGAAUGCUCUUGUUGUCAGCAGUAUUAGUAUUUUGAUGAUGCUGUUUUUAUAGCAAAUAAUAUUAAUGUUGUUUGGGGUUUCUUUGCUGCAUAUCAAGGUUAAAGAGUUAAUUAUUUUUCUGACUUUUCUUUCAUAUGAAUCUAUAUUUCAUGGUAAAUAAUAAAACGUUCAUAGCAAUAAUUUUACUUCUUUGUGUAUGUUGUAGGACUAAAAUAUCAAUUAAAAAAUUUUAUGUAUAGAUAUUGGUAAAACUAUUUUCAAUAUUAAAUUUCUUGUAGACAAAUAAUAUUUUUGGGGUGUUUAUUGUCAGGGGCGUAACUACGUGUACGCAAUGUACUCAUUUGAGUACAAAAUGUUUCUGCUUAUAUGCAAUUUAGCUAUUUGUGUACACUUUUUUUCAACAAUCACACUAAAUUCUCAACGUUGCGUAUUAACGCUCCACUUUAGGGGAAUACUCAACGUCAUUCAAAGCUUGGGUUUCAUGAAGAUAUGACAGUCGUAAUGACGUCAUACGAAUUUGACCAAUACAAGCGUUUGUAAAAAAAAAUAAGUUUUACAGAUUGGAAUUACUAGUGACUGAAUGGCAUGAUUUUGAGUGGUUUCGCUAUUUUCUUGAGUACACAUUUCAAAAGUCUAUUUACACCCCUGAUUGUAUAUGGGUGUGUGUUUUUUUUUUGGG